UACGCCAACCACACUGAAGUGCCAGGUUUAUUUGUUGGUCAAUUUGUUUAACACCAUUAAAAUAAAGUAAGAAGUAAUACUCCACCGGAAUCUAUCGACUGCUGAAAGUCUGCCUGGAUGGCAGAGAGAGCGGUCGCUAUGGAGGGCACCGUGCCAGAAGCCAAAUACCAGAAACUAGCCACAGAAUACUCAAAGUUAAGAGCCCAGGCCACGGUGCUCAAGAAGGCGGUUCUGGAAGAGCAGUCCAAGGAGGCCAGUUUAAGGGAGCAGCUACAGCAGUAUGCCACUUCAUUGCGGCGCACCGAACAGGAAGUGGACUCCUUGGGCUUCCGCAACAAGCAACUGGAGUCGCGGGUGUCCCAGCUGCAACAAGAAAUCUCAGCGCACGAGCAGCCCAAAAAGAAGGACAAGGAUACCGGUGGCAAGCGGGGAUUGCCGGGAAACAAUCGGCAGGAAGCAGAUACUCCAUCGGAUUCUGCCCAAGAAGCCCUCAUUUUCGAAGAGCUGCAGAAGAAAAUCAUGGAGAAUGCCCAACUGACUUCUUUGAUAGAUGACAAGCAACGGGAUUUGUUGCUGCACACGGAGCGAAUCGCUUCACUCGAACAAAAACUGGAGAAACGCAUCGGCGACCAGAACGAACUGGAAAAACGACUGAGGAAGGAGGUGGAAACGCUGCAGCACAGGAACAGCGAGCUGGAAACCAAGCUUGUAGAUGCGGCCAGCAUGCUGGGCAGCGAGGACGCUCUGAGCGCCACCGGCAGCGAUAAUACGCCCCUCCACAAUCACCAACAUCAAGCGAAUAGCAACCAACUCACGUCUGAGGAUCGCAUUGCGCUGCUCGAAAAGGAAGCGGCUCAUUGGAGGGCCCAAUUCGAAGUGGCCAAACUGCACCAGUCGUUUGUCUCGAACCCCAUGAAAGAUCUCAGUACUUGCAGUUGCAGCACGGCGGCGGCGGGAGUGACGGUGCGACCAGCAGAGCCAGAUGUUAAAGGCAGCCAACGAGCUCGUGACUCUCUGCAGGAUCCCCCCGAGCCGCCUACCAAGGAACAGCUUAUCUACAGUGUGUUCAGCAAGAAGUUCGAGGACUUAAUGCGACUGAAAGUUCAGGCGGAGUCCAAGCUGCGAUCCUACGAGCUGGAGGCGCAGCACCUGCAAAACUGCCUGGAAAACGCAACGCACGAGCUUAAAGCCAAGGACGACCAGCUGGCCAGUCUGGGAGGAGCUUUACAAAUGCUCGAAGAGGAGUUGACCACGACACGCAUUAACUACGAGGAACAGAUUAGCGUGCUUACGGAGCAAGUUAUCAGUUUGAGCGACCAGUUGGCCGCUUGCAAAUGAGUGUGGAGUUUGGAGCGAGUCCCGCCCUGCUGCUUUACUGUAAAUUAUUGUAAAAUAACUAACCGGGAAUGCCCGCUCCCUGCUGUUUUGUUAUUGUCCACCCUCGACGUGUAUAUAACUGAACAUUCUAUGUGUAUUAAAAUAAUUCUCUAAAGUUUAAA